AUGUUGUGUCGGAGAUUGGUGCUUGUGCUAACCGUCGCGGCGAUGAGGAGUGAAUUUCAUAUUUCAAUACUUAUAGGCUUGGAUUCCUCUGUCAUUCAAAGUCUUUUAACAGCUAUCCAUAAGGACUACUUUGAACUUGUAAGUUACCGGGAGCUGCUCUUUAACGAUUUUGGAGACCGUGUUGCUCAGCUCUUACAUGUCAGAUCACUUGUACCCUUUCCGCUCAAUGAGAAACAAAUUGUUCAACAAGAAGUUCUUAUAGUGAACACUCAUCUCUUGUUUCCACAUGAUUCUAGUUUAUCUAUUGCAAGAUUGCAUCAGGUUUACAAGAUUCUCGAAUAUCUGGAAGCUUACCAAAAGGAAAAGAAACUUUCUCACAUACCCAUUAUUCUCUGCGGUGACUGGAAUGGAAGCAAGCGUGGGCAUGUCUACAAGUUCUUGAGAUCUCAAGGGUUCAUAUCAUCAUAUGAUGUUGCUCAGCAGUUAAAGAAGAAUCAAGAGCCACUGGAGAUGUUGGUUUGA